UAUAACAAUAUUUAUAUACAACAAAUUCAUACAAUGUUCGAUAGCUGUUAAAAAGUUAAUUACCGUAUGCAGAAUACUGAGUAAUCAAAGCAAUUUAAAUGAAACAAUGACUUUUAAACAGAUUGGAAUUGCCCUGCUUCUAUACAAAGCCACCCCAAUUGUCUUCUGUGUCAGUCCACAACUUGCCUCCUAUUGGGAACAGCAGAUCUCUUUCCCUACAGAUAAGAGGAAACGGUGCUCUUGAAAUGCUGCGCCGGGAAAUGUAGUUUUCUAAAGAAAGUUGGUAACGGAAUUAGGUUAGAAAGAAACUACAAUCCCCAGAAUGCCCUGCGUGUUAUCAGCGUUCCAUGCGCACGGGUAAAAGCGUUCCAUUGUAUCCUAUCACAACAGAGAAGGAUGAUGUCACCUGCACACUGCUACACACAGCGGCUAGGAAGGAAACUGUUUCUAUAGAUUCUAUUGUAUGCAGAUUUCGUUCAGCUUGGAGUGCUAGAAAAGCAUGGCUUUGUGCAGGCAAAGUUUAUCCCCUAUCUAAGACGCUGCCAUCCUUUUUCUUCUGCACUGAUAUGAUUUCAUAGGUAAAAGCAACUGACAGACCUGUGGCCAUGGCGCCAAGAAAGAGGAAUAGCAGAGGGGUCUCCUUUAUCUUCUGCUGUUUUAGGAGCAGUGAGCACCCAGAGAUCACGUAUCGGUUACGAAAUGACAGUAACUUUGCCCUGCAGUCGAUGGAGCCAGCGUUGCCAGUGCCUCCUGUGGAGGAGUUGGAUGCCAUGUUUGUCGAACUGGUGGAUGAACUGGACCUAUCAGAAAAGCACAGGGAAGCCAUGUUUGCCCUGUCAGCUGAAAAGAAAUGGCAGAUCUACUGCAGCAAGAAAAAGGAUCACGAAGAAGGAGCUACAAGCUGGCCUGAGUUCUACAUCGAUCAGCUGAAUUCACUGGCUGCUAGAAGGACACUUUUUGCGAUGGACAAGGAAGAUGAAGAUGAAAGAAACAAAACAAUAGAAAGCCUGAAGACUGCACUUAGGACCAAACCUAUGAGGUUUGUGACCAGAUUUAUCGACCUGGAUGGGUUAACGUGCAUUCUAAACUUUCUGAAGUGCAUGGACUAUGAAAUAGCAGAGUCUCAAAUACAUACCUCUCUCAUUGGCUGCAUUAAAGCACUAAUGAACAAUUCUCAGGGACGGGCACAUGUCUUGGCCCACUCAGAGAGCAUUAAUGUGAUCGCCCAAAGUCUCGCCACUGAGAACAUAAAAACAAAAGUAGCAGUGCUGGAAAUAAUGGGAGCUGUCUGUUUAGUUCCGGGAGGACACAAGAAAGUUCUAGAAGCCAUGUUACACUACCAACGAUAUGCCAGCGAGCGGACACGCUUCCAGACCCUCAUAAAUGACUUGGAUCGGAGUACAGGAAGGUAUCGGGAUGAAGUCAGUUUGAAGACAGCAAUUAUGUCUUUUAUUAAUGCUGUUCUAAGCCAAGGGGCAGGCGUGGAAAGCCUGGACUUCAGGCUUCAUCUACGAUACGAGUUUCUAAUGCUUGGAAUCCAGCCAGUUAUGGAUAAACUGAGGGAACAUGAAAAUUCAACACUAGAUCGACAUUUAGAUUUCUUUGAAAUGCUGCGAAAUGAAGAUGAACUGGAGUUUGCUAAAAGAUUUGAUCUGGUUCACAUUGACACCAAAAGUGCAACUCAGAUGUUUGAACUAAUAAGAAAGCGUUUAACACACACAGAGUCCUACCCACACUUUACGUCUAUAAUGCACCACUGUCUCCAAAUGCCUUAUAAAAGAAGUGGUAACACUGUCCACCAUUGGCUGUUGCUUGACCGGAUAGUACAACAAAUAGUUAUCCAGAAUGAAAAAGGACAGGAUCCGGACAUCUCUCCACUGGAAAAUUUUAAUGUUAAAAACGUGGUUCGGAUGUUAGUUAAUGAAAACGAAGUCAAGCAGUGGAAGGAACAAGCUGAAAAAAUGAGAAAAGAGCACAAUGAACUGCAACAAAAACUGGAGAAGAAGGAAAGAGAGUGUGAUGCCAAAACCCAAGAGAAAGAGGAGAUGAUGCAGACUCUGAAUAAAAUGAAAGAAAAACUGGAGAAAGAGACCACAGAAUAUAAAAAUGUUAAACAACAGGUGGCAGAACUGACCGCACAGAUCCAGGAGCUGAACAGCAGGGCAGUCAGUGCCCAAAUUCCUGGUUGCCCCCCACCUCCGCCUGGUGCCCCUGGUGGACCAAUGUCUGGGAAUUUUAUGCCACCCCCACCUCCUCCGCCACCACCUAUGCUAUGUGGAAUUGCACCGCCACCCCCUCCACCGCCUCCACCAGGAGGGCCACCACCUCCACCUGGUCCCCCACUAUUAGGUACUGCACCUCCAGGUGCUCCUAUGGGUCCUGCUAUGAAAAGGAAAAACAUUCCUCAACCCAAAAACCCCCUGAAAUCUUUCAACUGGGUUAAGCUUGCAGAUAACAAGCUGGAGGGAACUCUAUGGAUUGACCUUGAUGAUGCAAAAGUAUUCAAGAUUUUAGAUCUAGAAGAUAUUGAACGCACCUUUUCUGCUUACCAAAGACAGCAGGAUUUCUUCAUGAAUAACGGCAUCAAACAGAAAGAAACUGAUUGCACUGAUGAUACGCUCAGUUCAAAAAUGAAAGUAAAGGAACUUUCGGUGAUAGAUGGAAGAAGAGCUCAGAACUGUAACAUUCUCCUCUCAAGGCUAAAGCUGACAAAUGAGGAGAUCAAACGAGCCAUUCUGACAAUGGAUGAGCAGGAGGAUUUGCCAAAGGAUAUGCUAGAGCAGCUUUUAAAAUUUGUUCCUGAGAAGAGCGACAUAGACUUGCUAGAAGAGCACAAGCAUGAAUUGGAUCGUAUGGCCAAAGCAGACCGAUUUCUGUUUGAGAUGAGUCGGAUUAAUCAUUAUCAGCAGAGACUGCAAUCUUUAUACUUCAAGAAGAAGUUUGCUGAGAGGGUUGCAGAAGUUAAACCAAAGGUGGAAGCUAUCCGUGAUGCUUCCAAAGAGGUUCUGCAGAGUAAGUGCCUCAAACAGCUGCUAGAGGUGGUCCUCGCCUUUGGGAACUACAUGAAUAAGGGCCAAAGAGGCAAUGCUUACGGGUUUAAAGUCUCCAGCUUAAAUAAGAUUGCUGAUACCAAAUCCAGUAUUGACAAGAACAUCACCCUCUUGCACUACCUUAUAACUGUUGUUGAGAAGAAGUACCCUAAAAUUGUAAACUUGCAUGAAGAACUACAGGCCAUCUCUGUGGCAGCAAAAGUGAAUAUGACUGAACUUGAGAAAGAAAUAGGCACCCUGAGAAAUGGUUUAAAGUCAGUGGAAAAUGAACUGGAAUAUCAGAAGACUCAGCCCACGCUCCCCGGAGAUAAAUUUGUCUCUGUUGUCAGCCAGUUCAUCACUGUUGCCGGCUUCAGCUUUUGUGAUGUAGAAGAUCUGCUAUCAGAAGCCAAGGAGCUGUUUAUGAAGUCGGCCAAACAUUUUGGAGAAGAGACAAAUAAAAUGCAGCCAGAUGAGUUCUUUGGAAUAUUCGAUCAGUUUUUGCAAGCUUUCUUGGAGGCCAAACAGGAGAAUGAGAAUAUUAGAAAAAGGAAAGAAGAGGAGGAACGGAGAAUACGUAUGGAGGCGCAGCUCAAGGAACAGCGUGAGAGAGAGCGCAAGGCAAGGAAAGCCAAGGAAAACGGUGAAGAAGAGGGCGAAUUUGAUGAUCUGGUUUCAGCUUUACGUUCGGGCGAAGUCUUUGAUAAGGACCUUUCCAAACUGAAACGGAACCGCAAGCGCAUAGCCAGCCAAAAUACAGAGAGCAGCCGGGAGAGACCUGUGACAAAGCUGAACUAUUAAUUUCAGUUAUCUGCCUAUAAACCCCCUAGCAGACUAUACAUAUAUAUAUAUAAACCCCUGUUCAACUGCCUUGGAACCCACUGGUUAGGAGAGAGGGUAAACGUCUGUGUACAUAUGUACCAUAUGUAAAAUAUUGCGUGUGCAUAUGUUUGUGCAUAGUCAUGCACACAUGUAUGUAUAUAGAUUGAGAGAGUAGGUGUAAUUACAGCAGUAUUAUGUGUAUAUGUGUACAGAACCCAGCACAUGUAUACAUAAGCACUGCAGUGUUUUGUUUUUUAAUCGUGCAAAAGCACAAGCUAUUUUGCAGAAAGAGGGCAACUACAUUCCUAUACACAGAGCAGUCUGUAUAUAAGGGAUUUGGAAUGUAAAGUCAAUGGUGAAAAGCUCUGCAUCUUCUGUAAAUCUCAAUGGACCAAUAAUAAGUUCAUAGGACCUGUCCUGAAAUAUCUGACACGCCACUCAUAAAACUGAGUAAUAAUAUGCAUAAUAACCACUGAUAAUGUCAUCUCAUGGCAUUGUGUGUGUGUUUGGGCCAGACUAGAUGAGGCAUUUUGGUUCUAACGUUGUAUUAUCUCUUAUUGUGACUGUGCCCAAGAAAAGAAAAGAUAUUUUUAUACUGCAGAAUGCCCACUGGCCAGCUCAGAGACUGCAUGGUUUGGCAGUGAUGGGCAGGACAGUACAUGUAAUAAGGCCUCCAACGAUUUGGCUCUAGAACUCCCAGAAUGCAACAGCUGCAAGGCUUCAUGGAUUUGUCCCUGGAAUAGGGAAUGCCAUGUUUCUGUCCUUUGAAAACAUUUAUUCAAUUAAAUGGUGCAAAAAAAAAAUCAUCUUGCAUUUAGGUGAAAGUUGCUUUUUUCUUUUGUUUGUUUUUUUUCUGUAAAAUGCCCCCAAAAGCUCUGUUUAUUUGUUGCAGAACCUUUUUAAGGUUGUAGACUCUGUAAAACUGUUACGGUGGUUUUCUGGCAGCGCACCUCUCAGGGACCGCGAAUAACCUCCCUCAAACGGUCAGCGGGCAUAGCUGUGCAAAGAGGCACCCACAACCCAGCAGCCAUGCCCACUUUCAGGACUGUUUAUUUACUUGUUAUUUAUUAUGUCUCAUUCUCUUAAAUGCUUUAUAUUGUACCUGCAGGGAGAACUCCAUUCAUUGCUGAGCCGGAGAGUUCAGUGGUCUGGAAUAUAAAAUAGCAGCUUUGCACCCCAAGUUGUGAGUACAGACCAGCUUUGUACGACCCGCUGACAGUCUGUGAGCACCGUGCUAAUAAACUAGUGCAACGGAUUCCAACUCACACUAGUGUGUCAUGUAUAAACAUUGGGCAAAUUUGUUCCUAGGCAGUAAUGCAGGGCAACCAAUCAGAUGUUUGCUUCCAUUGUUCUACCUGCAUCUGGCGUAAAAAAGGCUCAUCACUGAUUGGUUGCUAUGCAUUACUGCCCAGAAGCAAAUUUACUUAGUGUUUAUUGUAACAGUAUUGAGUGCAUGUGCGGUUGGAUAGGUGGGGUGAGGGUUCUAUUAGGGCAGUGACACAAUGGGAGAUUAGUUGCCACGUGACAAAUCUUCCUUGUCAGGGGCAACUAAUCUCCCUGAAAUCCCAUCCCACCAGCUAAAAUGUAAAUCGCCGGUGGGAUGACAUACGCGUCGGCGCAAUUUGCCAAAGUUGCUUUGAGAGGAGACUUCGGCAAAUCGCAAUGUGUCACUGCAGGGUUCUGUUUGCAUCGUUACCAGCAAGAUUCAGCUACACAAAGGGGCAUAUUUAUUAUAGUGUGUAAGCCAACAUUACAGGUGAUGUUGCCCAUAGUAACCAAUCGGAUAUUUGUUCUCUAACUUGAAUGUUCAAAUGUAAUUGCUGAUUCAUUGCUAUGGGAAACAUCACUAGUGAUGUUAGCUUACACACUAUAAUAAAUAUGCCCCAAAAUCUAAACCUCUAAUGUCAUGUGGCUUUAAUCUGAAAUAAAACUGACCCAAUUUUGUUCAACUAUGAAAAUGCAAAUUAGGGUUUGGAUUUGGUUUGGUUUUUAUGCACAACUUGCAUGUAGAAUAGAGUAGUUAUCACAUCCCUAGGGACAGCACACUCAAAGGCUUCUUGCAGUCUGUGGGGCCACUUACUGAUUUAAGUGUAGGACCCACAAACUCCUAGACCUACACCAAAAUGGGGUAUUCGUGUGUAAUUCCCCCACCUCUCAGACACAGGAAGAAUCUGAACUGGUGCUGCAUGGAUUUCAUUGCCACCUCCAUCUGCAUUGCUCACAUUGAUCUAUUCCGUGACCAACUGAUGAUGGAUCCCUGCUGUGCAGCUGCCCCCAUGUAACUGCUAUGUUAAGGAUACAGCCCUUCCUUUCAUGUUAAUUAGUACUGAAAGUGCUUUAAUGGGGAAUGUCAGGGCAGUUGUUCUGUAGAUAGCUGGCGGGCCCCAUGUUUAACAUUCCUGUUGUAGAGUAAUGGCAGGGACUUUACAGAAGGGACCUUUAGAUUCGCUGCAGUCAGCAGUUUCCCAGGCUUCAUUCAUACAUAUGGCUGUUGCUACCUACACAUCCCCAUGCAUGCAGGCUCACAGUACAGACUGAGACUAAAAUGUUCAUUGCUGUGUAGUAGAACAGCAAUAAAUCCAACCCAUGUGAAGAUGCAUGUAAAAUAGACCAUGUGUAUAAAGCCUAAUGGGGGCACAGUGUGAUUUAAAGCUGCAGUACAUCUUUAUUCUCCCUGCAGAGAGUCAAUCCUUGGUGCUAUGGUUUAACUUACCAGACAAAUAUGCACAACUCUUGGUUUCCUUGUCUGUCUCGGUUACCUUUGUUAGUCACAAGAUGCAACCGAUCUCCUUUUUUCCUCAACAGGACUAAAUGCACCUUUGAAUCCUUAAGGGGACACAUGCUAAAAUACAAAUAGCUUUGAUAAGGGAGCGCAUGAACCUGGGGACAAUAUGGCCCAUAUUCUGUGUGCAGUAUUGUGGCCUGUGCUGAGAUGGUGCUGAGCCGUGCCCGUUUGUUUCCCACUUUGCCUUUCAUUUUUCUUUUGUUCUCUCUUAUAAGGACAAGACUUGUAUUUUUGCAGCGUGUCCCCUAACUCUUUGUAUGUAUUCACGUUUUUCUCUCACUUUAGGGUUAGCGUGUUAAUCAUUCAUGUACAAAAUUUCCAAGCACAGCCAAUGUUUUGUGCCUCAUGAAAGCUGUGAAAUAAAAGCUCCCGGUGAGUUUCUAAGAGGUGGUUUUUCUUUCUGUCACUUCAGUGCACCCCACAUGGCACCCUCUUUGCUUUACGGCACACUUUGUAGUGGGAAGUCAGACCAUAUGCACAUAGUCAGACACAAUAGAACUGGGUGAGACUCAUUUGCUAGAGGAAUGGUAACGUUUCCUGGGAAGCCCUAAUGCUGUGUACGCUUCGGGAUUUCUUUGGCCCAUUUGGCAACCUUGCGUUGGGCCCGAUCCUGUCCUUCAGCAGUCACCUGACAAACAAACAAGUAUGGGAGCCAUUCUGUCCAUUUAGCUGAGGAUUCUUGACAGCUGAACAGAUUUAAUAAGAGAGGUGAUCACUGAAAGCCUACUCACUUACCCCUCAUACUGCUGGAGAAUCCUCAUAGAUUGAGAGCAGGAGGCCAUGUGUCUUCCAAUGACGUGAGGUUCCCCAGACUCAACCUUCAAAAGCAGGUAAUAAAGCCAACCUAAGCACUUAACAUACCUGUACCUCAAAAUUUAAUGAGAGGGUAUCCACUAGAAUUGGCCAUACACCAGAGACAGGCUUUUCUACACCAACAGGCUUUUCUACAACUUUUACAGAACAAUGUCUCCCAGUGUAACCAGCAAAGGCAAUGAGUUGUCAUUUUACCCGCCCCAAUGUAAAGCUGCGCUGGCAGAAGCCUGGCCCUGCUCUGCAAACGUUUGUAUGAUUGGGAGAUGCCACAUGCUUUUGCUCAGGGCUUUUCACAGGCAGAUUACAUACAUAUUACUUCCUACAGAGAAUGCAUUCCCACAUAAUAUGAAUGUCCCCAUCCCAUGUGGCCAUGCUGAGUCUUGCUACCCAUUCAGUACUGUGCAUUAUUUCUCAGUAGAUCAUUCAGGAGUUUUGCUGUUUCUUUUCCAUUAAGUAAAAAAGUAAGAAAAGCUGCUGCUUGUAAGGGCCGAACUUUGCUCUCAUGUUUUCCCCAAGUAUGUCUCUUCUGAUGUGCCUCUUGGCUUUGUAACAAGACAAAUCAGAGGAAAUCUCCAGCUGAGAAUGAAUUCUCCUCUGUUUGUCUGCAUUUCCCUUUCUAUUCCAGCUGAGCAUUUAGGGCUGAUUUACUAACACAUGCCAAGUUGAACCAAUACAGUUAUCCAUAUCAGCCAAUUAGAUAUUGGCUUUCAUUUUUUAACUCAUAGUACAGUAAACCAAUUGCUUAUUGGUUGCUAUUGGCAACUGGACUUAUGCAAUUUAAUGCACAAUGACUAUUUUAGUAAAUGAGCCUGAGGGAAGAAUUCACAAAAGUGUCACCCGAAAAACUUAAACGACAAACUCGUAAAAGUCUUUGGGGUAUAUUUAUCAUGCUGUGUAAAAAGUGGAGUACCGGUGAUGUUGCCCAGGGCAACCAAUCAGCAAUUAGAUUUCAACAGUUAGGAAACCAAAGCAAAGCAUCUGAUUGGUUGCUAUAAGCAACCUCACUAGUAAUGUCUUACUCCACUUUUUACACAGAGUGAUAAAUAUACCCCUUAAUGUCAGUUCGCCUUGUUUUUGUUUUUUUUUAAAUGUAUUAUUGGCAUAUACGUAAAUGCGUUGUUUAACCCCAAGCAACCGCAUUUCUGGGUCUGACGUAAGUGACGGCAGAAUAAUGCUGUUUGUAACACACAAGCUUUGAGGCUUCAGAUUGUGGUUUAGUAGUUCUAGCGUUUUUAUUCAUAAAGUGGCGCCAAAGCGUACAAGAAUGUCACACUCACACAACAGUGAGUUGAGACUGUGUCAGUCCGAUGUUCCUUUAUGACACUAUUUGUUUAUUAUCCACUAAUAAAGCUUUAAUUAACUCAGCCUUUGUGUAUAUCCCCCCCCCCCCCCAUCCUUUAACAGGUGCCAUUGAUGUACAAAGCAUAUGGGUCAGCGCAGAGUAAGUAGCGGUUCUGCCUUUUAUUCUGUAAUUAUGUCAAUGAUUUGUAUAAAAUGUUUGUUCUGUCCCAGGCUUUCAGCUUGUAAUUGGAUCAUGUUACUAGGAACCAGCAUGUUAGAGUCAGACUGGAAGAAGGAACACUGUUUUACUAUGAUGUACAUUGAGCUCCAGACGUGCAAUAAAACCAUUUUAUAAAG